AAUGCGUCACCCGUGGUGGCCGCGGGAAGGUGCCCCCAGCAUGGCGGCGGUGCGGGCAGCGGCGCGGCGGAGCCCCACGGGGCUCAGGGCGUUCUGGAGCAGCCGCAGGAAGGAGGAAAGAGGAGUGGAAGCAGACCGAGCAGUUCCUGAGAAGGAGGAGAAGAGUGAGCCCAGCCUGAUCUGCCCCCCACCACGCAGCCAGAGUUACCUCCCUCGCGAUGACCUGCAGAGCUGCCUCGAGUCCCACAUCAGGGAGGUCUUUGGGCCCUCUCUUCCUGAGGACUGGCAGCAGACUCCUCUGCAGGAGAACAGGCUGAAGCAUCGCCUGCUGGCCCAGCUGGUGGCAGAGCUGGGACACGCUGUCCCCAACUCCCAGCUGCACCGGAUGCGCCACGCCGGGGAUGUGCUGGGUUUCUAUCGCACCCCCGUGAAAGAUGGGACCAAGAUUGAUGAACUCGUGGCUGCAGAGCUGCCCCCAAACCUGAGAAUCGUCUGGCAGCAGUGAGUCCCCCCACAGAGCAUCUCUGUGCCUGGCUUGUGCUGCAGGGCAGCGGCAGAGCCCUCUCGUUGGGGUGAGAUGUGUGAAUUUCACUAACAGAAGUUCACUGAAAUCUGUUCACUCAGUAACGGUGAAGUCUUCAACAGCCCUAUAAAAUCAGUUGCUUUCAAGGCAUCUUGUUGAAUUCUGCAGUGUCUGUUAAGGGCCCUGUUUUAUAAGUUCUUUGGGUGUUAGUUUUUCUUCCAUGUUGGCUAUGUGUUUAGUUUUUCUUCCCCAUCUAACUGAUGAUGCAGGCCUGCUUUUAAUCAGAGGAGGCAAACAGUGAAGUUAGGAGAACAAGAAAAUAAACAGUCUGAGAAAUGCAAUGUACUUUAUGAGUGUUUUCUAUGAAACAAGUUGUUUCCAGUGA